UUAUACGUCCAAUAUUAAAUAGUAACACACGAUUUUGGCGGUUAAAAAUGUUUGGUCGAUUUUCGUGAUAUUUUUGUGUUUCAUUUAUCCUCAAUAUGUUCGAAUUUCCAAUUUUGAUUUAACUUUUAGACAUAUCAAUAUUUAUAAUUUUUGGUGUAAUCGAUCAUCAUGUCAAAAGAUAUUAGGAGUUUCUUUAAAAGCAAUGCUUCUACUGAUAAGAAAAAUAAUUUAAUUGAAAAUAAGCCACAGACCACAAAAGGAAAAUUAAAAAGACAGUGCAUAUUAUCAAGUGAUGAAGAAGAUGAUAUAUCACAUACUACUCCAGUUGAUAAACUAAAGAAAAAGUUGCCUGAAAAGCGGAAAGUUGUUAAUCCAGUAGAUAUAUUUGGUUCAGAACCAGUAAAACAAAGCACUGUUAAAGUGUUAAAACGAAAUAAAAAAAAAGAAACUGAUCCCUUUGAACAAGAUAUUGAUAUUGAAUGGGAAGAAUUAGACAAUAUUGAGAAACAACUCAAUGACUCAAUAUCAAGUGAUUUAGCUGUAACUCCAAAAAAAUCUCCUGUUAAAUCAAAUUGCAUUACCGUAACACCUGAGAAUUCUCCAUCAAAAAAUUCUGAAUUGAAAUCACUUAAAACUUCUCCAGUAAAUUUAAAAAAUAUUACCCCAUCAAAGUCAUCACCAAUGAAAUCUAUGUCCUCAUCUAAUUUAAUGCUAAAUAAAACAAAACUAUCACCAUCAAUACCAAAAAAAUCAAAGAGCCCUUCAUUGUCAAAUAACCAAUAUGAACUUGAUAUAAAAACGUUCAAUAAUAAAACUGAAUCUCCAAAGAAAAAACAUAAUUUUAGUGAUGAAGAUAAUUCUAUUGUUAAAACUAGUUUUAAAAGAAAAAUUUCUCCUAUAAGGACACCUGAAAAAAAAAAGUUUAAAGUUAAUUCAGUGCAAUCACCUGACACUCAAGAAAGUGGAUAUGCAACCGAAUCUCCUUCAAAUAAAAUCAUUACUUCUCCUAUUCUUAAAAUACCUGUUGAAUCAAAACUCUGGGUUGAAAAAUAUAAACCAGUAACAUUAAAACAAAUUAUUGGUCAAACAGGUGAUAAGAGUAAUGUAAAUAAAUUAUUAAAUUGGUUAAAAUCAUGGUACUCAAACCAUGGAUUGGGUGUCAAUAAAAAAUUAGUGCGACCCAGUCCUUGGGCAAAAGAUGAUAAUGGAAGUUAUUUUAAAGCAGCUUUACUUUCUGGUUCACCUGGUGUUGGGAAAACUACUGCAGCACAUUUGGUAUGUAAAGAGUUAGGUUUUGAUAUUGUAGAAUUCAAUGCUUCAGAUACUCGUUCCAAAAAACAACUUCAAAAUAAUGUAUCUGAACUUUUAUCUACAACUUCAUUGAAUCCUUAUUUUAAUGGGAAAAAUGUAUCAAAAAAUCAUGCUUUAUUAAUGGACGAAGUUGAUGGCAUGGCAGGUAAUGAAGAUCGAGGUGGAGUUCAAGAAUUAAUUCAAUUAAUUAAAAAUGCACAAUGUCCAGUCAUAUGCAUGUGUAAUGAUCGAAAUCAUCCAAAAAUACGUACAUUAUCUAAUUACUGUUUUGAUCUUCGAUUUCACAAACCAAAAUUAGAACAGAUUAAAGCCGCUAUGUUGAGUAUUUGUUAUAAAGAAAAGUUGAAAAUUUCUCCAGACACUUUAUCUUCUAUUAUUGCUAGUACAGAUAAUGAUAUAAGAUUAACGCUUAAUCAUUUGUCAGUUGUUGCAGCAGGAAAAGAUGAUUUAAAUGUUAACAAAAAAUAUAUUAAAUUGGGUCCAUGGGAUGUUUUGCGAAAAGUUUUUUCAGCUGAAGAACACAAAACAAUGAGUAUCAACGAUAAAUGUGACCUUUUCUUUUAUGAUUAUAACAUAUCUCCAUUAUUUGUUCAAGAAAACUAUUUAUCUGUAGUUCCUCAUGAUGUCGAGGGUCCUAAAUGGAAACAAUUAGAACGUUAUUCAUUAGCAGCAGACAGUAUUUGUACAGGAGAUAUAGUUAGUGGAAAAAUUAGAUCUACUAAUAAUUGGAGCUUACUGCCUGCUCAAGCAAUAUUUUCUAGUUAUGCUCCAGGUGAAUUUUUAAAAGGUCAUAUAAGUAAACAAAUCAAUUUUCCUUCUUGGUUAGGAAAAUUCUCCAAGGGGAAUAAAAUGAAUAGACUACUACAAGAAGUACAAAUCCAUACGAGAAUAAGAUUAUCUGCCAGCAAAGAAGCUAUAAAUCUUGAUUAUAUUACAAUUUUACGAGAUUCAAUUCUUAAACCUCUUAUUGAUGAAGGUAGUGUUGGUGUUCAAAAAUCCUUAAGUUUUAUGAAUCAUUAUCAUCUUGUGAAAGAUGAUUUAGAAUCACUUAAUGAUCUAUCCACAUGGCUUGGUCAUAAAGAUCCUAUGUCCAAUAUACCAGCUAAAGUGAAAAGCGCUUUUACUAGAGCAUAUAAUAAAAGCGCACCAACAUUUAGUUUAGUAAAAAUAAAAAAAAAUAUAGUUGAUAACAUUGAUGUGCUAGAUGACGAAGAAACAAAUGUCAGUGAUAAUGAAGAUGACGAUGACAUCGCAAAUGAUGCCCUGAUUUCUGUAGUAAAAAAAAAAGCAGUUAAGAAAUCUUCAUCGCCGUCUCCCAAGGAAAUAAAUAAAAGUAAAGGAAAAGGCGGAGGUAGAAAAAAGAAAUAAUUUAGUUUUAGUUUUAUAUUAUUGUU